AUGGCAGCCAAUUGUCCGCCAAAAGUAAAGUCUCCCGAGCAAUUCUCUGGCAAUUGCAGUCUAGAUGAUCAAAUAAUAAAUGCAAGGAGUGGAAUCGGAGUUUCCCAUAAACAGAGUCAACCUCCAACAGCUGAGUCCCACGUACCGAAAGCUCUACAAUAUACAAAAGACACAGUUAUUUCGGAGCAUUUCACCCUAAGCCUAUGGCACUCGAGGCUUCCCGCGAGUGGGUCGUCGAUCAACCUCACGGGAAGCCCAAUAUUUACACCUUUUAGCCAAGAGUGA